UAGGGAAUUCGCGAGUCCGUGACGGAGAAUGUCGGCAUUGCUGCGUAUUUCGUGCGUGCACACGAUCAUCAGAUAUCACGUCGCGUUCAUCCGAGUCGUACGAUCUCUCUACGCUGCUGGCUAAUCACCGCGGCUCUAAUGCCACUCGUCGCAGCCUCCUCCGUUGGAUAGGCCGGAUCCCUGUCCAGGAUGCAGUAGCUACGGCGCGUCAAGUAGCGGUUGAUUCGACGACGAUCCUGCACGGGUACGGUAUAGUGUAAACUGAUAAGCGGGUGUUCGUCGAACAGAAGACCGCUUCGAAGGUUAGACCGAGCGAAGCGGAGCACAAAACGGCCCUUGUCGGAGUCGCAGAGGAGAGCUCUACAAGGCAGUUACAAUCGACGCGGCGAACGUAAACAACGUGAUGGAUGCUAAAGUGGACGACGAAAAUCAGCGUAGCGUCAACGAGGGUGACUGGAUCUGUCCUGACUCUCAAUGUGCCAAUGUGAAUUUUGCCAGGAGAAAUUCCUGCAAUCGUUGUGGAAAAGAUAGAAGUGAAUGUCCAAAGAAGAAAAAAUUGGGUCAAGAAAUUGGAAAAGCAGCCGCGGAAAAGAGUAGAGGUCUCUUUAGCGCGGACGAUUGGCAAUGUAGCAAAUGCGGUAAUGUCAACUGGGCUCGCCGACAGCAGUGCAAUAUGUGCAAUGCCCCAAAGUUCGGCGAGAUAGAGGAACGCACAGGAUACGGAGGUGGAUAUAACGAUCGAGGAGUCGUCGAAUACAAGGAGAGGCGAGAUGACGACGAUGAAUAUGACGAGUUUGGACGGCGCAAGAAAAAGCGGAAACUUGAAAAGAAUUCUGACGAUGAUUCCAAGGAUUCUAAAUACAGCAGCCCAUUGCGUAGUAAACCUAGAGAUAAGGAGGAAAAAGAUGAAGUGGACGAAGAGGAGCAAGAAGAAAAUGUUAACGUAAACGAGGAUGAAGAGGAAGAGGACGAGGAAGAAGAAGAGGAUGGUGAUUUAUCUAAAUACGAUCUUAGCGAAUGGGAUGAUUUUGUACCAGCGAAAAACAGUACGAACGGGAGUACCAUGUCAGAAGCGCAACGGUCAAGGUAAUUAAUAGCGAAACGGAGAUGAUCGGCGCGAUUCAGGCACAUCCAACCAAUGAAAGGCUGUACAGAAGGACAGGUUUGACUUGGGUUUCGGGUAUAAAAUUGAUUAUGAUGAUCAGUUGCAGACAGCAUACAGUGUGAUGAGUUAUUGCUAAAUAAUGUAUAGUCCCAGAUCCUUAAGACUUAAAGUAUAAGCUUGCUUUUAUUGCGAUUAUAUAUCUAGAUAUAUCGCGUAAAGACAUCGAAUAGAGAUUAUUUUAAACGUAACAAACUUUUAAGAAGCGCGAACACGCUUCUCAUUCGAUGUAUGACUUCUUUUUUUUUUUUAACAGGUUAACAGGAGACUCGAAAGAGACGCAACCAGUUCUUGGCAACUAAGAGAUAUACACAACGCAACAAGAUUUAGUAAUUUAGUACGCACCUUUGGAUAUAUAAAGUGGCCGAUAAUAUGUGACUUAUUACAAAGGAAUCGACUAACAAUAAGUUUUACAUUUAUAAUUGAGCUCGUAACUUCUUGUUGAUCCUAAGGAAGCGAAAUGUUAGGUCUUCUAUUUGCGCGAGUGUAUCGUUGUUGGCGAUUAGCAGAAUUCAGCGACAGACAUACUUGAGCGCAAGUAGUAUGUUUUGCUAGAACGAAAUACAAGAUUGAUAAUUCCAACAUGAAUCUAUAGAAGAAAUUAUACACAGAGCUCGUUUUACAAGCUAAAUAUGACAUUGUAGAAAAAGAUCUUACUCCUAUGUAAAAGAUGGUGUUAACGCUCUGCGCAGGUCCGUCGCCGCAGUGUUCUAAGAUUCCCAUUACUUUUUAUCACAAACGUAAAAUAUGUCGAUGUGUCACUCUGCUUCGUAUUGCUCAAGCUGCCGGAAGGAAGAAAUUUACUUUUCUUCUUUUGUCCCCUUGUGUCUCUCUCUCUCUCUUUUUACAUCAUAUUUUAUCUAUGCAUAAAUUUAUUCAGAUUAAAUAAAUACAAUCGUGAAAUGUAGUAUUAAAGAAUUAUUCUCCAAAACAAAGCAGAUGUAUUAUUCGUUUUUUUUUUUUUUUUAAGAGAGACUGAAAGGGAGAAUACGUUCUCUUGCUUUGACUAUCACAGAUUCGAGUAAAUUGAAAGAAAAAAAUAGCCUAUGCUUACUCUUUGAGAAAAGGAGAAAUUAGAGAGGUUUUCCUUUUUUUUUUAAAUCAGUCGCAUUUUGCGAAUUGUCGCGAACUCCUAUGGCCGUUGUUGAAUCGUAAAUCGAUCAAAUAUCGUACUGACUUCUUGUAAAUAUCUUUAUUUUUCAUUUAUAAUAAAAAUCAUUCAUCAACAACAUAA